CUGCUGCUACUGCCACUGCCACUGCCACUGCCACUGCCACUGCUACUGCUACUGCCACUGCUACUGUACUGCUGCUACUGCUACUACUACUUCUAUUAACUGCAACAUAACGUAUAGCUACAAAGUCAUAUACAUGUAUGCUACUGUAUUCAAUUUCUUUGUUUAAGUAAACUUUAAAGUUACAUUUCACUAACUAAGCUGUUAGUUGAGAAACACAAAUUUCCAUAAAUCUCACAUUAGUACUGGUGUCAUUAUGUAUGUAUGCAUGAACACCAUAACACAAGAAAUAUCUUAGUUGCAUAAAAAUCGGACGAAAAACAUAUGAAUAGUGGUACCUUAUUUAAGUAAUUUUCAUGUGAAUGAGAUGACCACCUGUUUAUAUUAUUGGUAUGGCGGUAGAAAUUCGUUUGAUAAAUCUUUCAUUUUUUCAAUAUAAAUUUAGCAAAUUUUGUCAAAAUGGAUAAUAGAGUACUGUAAAUGCAGUAAAAAUUUCAAUUUUGAAAAAAAAACAAAGUGACUUCUUUUGUUUGUUUACAUGACUUGCCAACUACAACAUUACUUAAUUCCCAGGUAUACACUUACCUCAUUCCCAGUAAGUUCCCGUACUUUUUCAAAUUGGUGGUUUCUGACAUUUGAGUUGCUGGCUUUUCAUUUUGUAUUUUUCAGGCAUUGGAUAUUUUCUCUCCUGUGUAUUCUAUUUCUUUAUUCCAUAAUGCGGUCAAAAUUGAUAAUUAAGGACCUUCAGACUAGGAUCAAGUAUACAGUCUAUCCAAAAAUCCUGGAAAGAGAACACCGAAGUAAAUUGACUUUUAACUCAACUAUGGUAAACAACAGUACGAUGAUUAAGCAAUAUCCUGAAGACACUCUGUCAAGUUCAAUUGAAUGUAGACGUCGUAAAUCUAAACAAUUUCGCUUGUCAGCCGGUGAGCUUCCGUUGACGGCACUUGCUUCUCCUUUUAGAUCAGGAAAUACCUGGGUACGACAUUUACUACAGAUGGCCACAGGUAUUGGAACGUCGGCUUUAUAUUGUGAUUCUGAACUGCGCUUUAUGGGGUUUCCAUUUGAAUGCAAUGAUGCUAAUUAUAGAAAAGUGCUUGUUGUAAAAACACACGAACCACGUCCACCCGGACCUCCAAAACUUUUAACUGUGAGAAGUAGGAAAAGGGUUCGAGAGAGAUUAGUUCCACAGCCUGCGAGAAAGAAUCCUCCAAUUGAUAGGGCUGUUGUACUUAUUCGUGAUCCAUACAAUUACCUUGUCGCAAAUAUGUACUCCAGUCAUUUAGACGUUGUAAAAGAAGAGGAAUAUUUCGGAGAUAGCAAAUGGCGAACUGCACUACCUGGUUUAUUGGAAUGGUGGAUAGACUUUAAUGAUUACUGGUUAAGAAAAUUCCAAGGACUAGUAUAUCCAUUGCUUUACUCAAAGCUGCUGACACAUACUGAAACCGAACUCUGGAAACUUAUGAAUUUUUUAAAUAUCACAUACGCAGAUUCUGAUAUAAAGUGUGCAAUCGAUAAUAAAGAGGGAAAUUUCCACAGGAAACAUUUUGUUUGGACCCGUAUAAAUGACAUUACUGAAUUAUUCAAUCAUACAAUGAAGACGAAAAUAGACGACAGUGUAAAAGCGUUAUCUGAGACUUUGAGAACUAAAUAUAGUAUUGAAUGGGUAAACGAAACACAUAUUGUCAGGGUUUCAUAAAUGCCUAUGCGAUAUAAGAUCGGGCAAGUCUUUCCCAGUCCUCUGGUAGGCAAGCAUCGCGAUACAGCAUAGGAAACUGAUGAAAAUAGGUCACUAGUAGACACAUAUCGCGAUAAAGCUGUCAUAUUCUAUCAGUGCUUUUCAUAAUGAGCAUAUAGUGUGAAAUAUAGGCUUAAAAUAUUAAUUGUUCUAUUUUUGUCAAAUGGGUUAAGGAAAGUACAAACAAUAUAACUACAACACUAAUCAGUCAAAUAAAUGCAAUAUGAAUUCCGACUAACUCAUUAAAUAUUGAAUUACUGUGUUUCAGUUACAAUAUGUAUGAAUAAUGACCAUGUUUGUAGACAAUCGGUAGAGGAAAUUAAAACUUAAUUUAUCAUUGGUU